CAGCGUAAAAAGUUUCACAACCGCAUCAACGGUUUGCGGCUCUUUUUUAUAGCUGGGUUGAACCUCGCACCUCACUCAUCGCUCGUAUCCAACAGGACAAGACGAAGGCCACAAAACAGAUUCAUUGUGUGCUUCUUCUUUCAGUCCAAGUUCAGCAAUCAACGUGUCGGGUGUUGUAAGCAGUCGAUUCCAUUUUACGCACCUUUCAUUCAUAAUAGAAAAAAUUGCAACGGUGAUUCAUUCACAAAUUCGACGACACCAGAUAGUGCGCGGGUGUUAUAAUCAACGCGAGUGAAAGAGAGUGAAAGUGCAUUCCACCAGGCAGCAGCGACACGAGCGCAACGAUGACGUCGCCAGGAGAAGUGUACAUCGUUUCGGCCGCCAGAACACCGAUCGGAAACUUCCUCGGUACCUUAUCAUCCCUAACCGCUGCAGACCUAGGAGCGGUUGCUGUGAAAGAGGUCCUCAACCGCGCCAACGUUCCGCCGGCCGAUGUGGAUGAAGUUAUCCUCGGCCAGGCUCUUUCUGCCGGACAGGGACAAAACCCCGCUCGGCAAGCCUCCCUCAAGGCCGGCAUCCCGAAGGAAGUGCCAGCCUUUCUAAUCAACAUGCUAUGCGGCUCCGGACUUAAAACGGUGGCCCUGGGCUACCAAGCGAUUCGUUCCGGUGAUGCCAACGUGGUCGUAGCCGGUGGACAGGAGUCCAUGUCGAAAGCGCCUCAUGUGCUGCAUCUGCGUAGUGGCACCAAAAUGGGCGAAGCCAAGAUGGUGGACACCAUGCUGAGCGACGGUUUGACGGAUGCGAUCUACGAUUUGCACAUGGGUGUUACUGCGGAAAAUUUGGCAAAGGAGUUCGAGAUCACUCGUGAACAGCAGGACGCCUUCGCCACUAAGAGCCAACAGUUGACAGAGGAGUCGCAGAGCAAGGGAUACUUCAACGACGAAAUUGUGGCCGUGUCGGUCCCAAGCCGCAAGGAAACCAUCACCUUCGAUAAGGAUGAAUUCCCAAAGCACGGAACAACUGUGGAGAGCUUGGCCAAGCUGAAACCCUGUUUCAUCAAGGAUGGUACGGUGACGCCGGGAAAUGCUUCCGGCAUUAACGAUUCAGCGGCGGCGGUUCUGCUGAUGUCCGGCGAAGAAGUCCAGAAGCGUAGUGCGAAACCACUGGCAAAGAUUGUGGCGUUCAGUCAGACGGGAAUCUGCCCAAAGGUCAUGGGUGCCGGCCCGAUCAGUGCCGUGCAGAAAGUUUUGGACAAAGCCGGAUGGAAGCUGGACGACGUCGAUCUGUUCGAACUUAACGAAGCAUUCGCAGCUCAAUCGUUGGCCGUCAACAAGGGUCUUGGAGUGAACCCAGAAAAGGUGAACGUCGGAGGUGGAGCCAUCGCGCUUGGACAUCCGAUCGGUGCUUCCGGCUGCCGUGUGCUGGUUACUUUACUGUACGCAUUGAAACGGACCGGUGGCAAAAAGGGCGUGGCUUCGCUCUGUGUUGGUGGCGGAAUGGGAGUGGCAAUGGCCGUUGAAAUGGCAUAAUGAUUAUGGCCAAAUAGGGGUUGCUUUUGUUGUAGUUAAAAGUUUUAGUAUUUUCAACUUAUAGUUAUAUGUAUCAAAAACACAGAUUUCAAAGAUUUUGCUACUUAACAUACUCAAAGUAUUUACCGUUGGAUGUAUUGUACUUGAUUGUCGUACUUCAUAGUAGAUAGUAAUUAGCUACGGAGCGAAUAGCGAAGGACAAUAAAGCAACAUUUGUACUUA